GGUCACCAUGUGGUUCAGUAAACGUUUGCCUACAUUUGUUAAUGUGCCAGAGGAACAUCCCCAUAUUGAGGUUACCAGAAUAGAUGGGACUGUGGAUACUCCUCCAUGUCUAAAGGUGACACACAAGACGUUUGGUACCCAAACAAGCAAUGACGACAUGAUCUGCUGUCGUCUGAGCAUGCCGGUUGAGUUCAACUCUGGCCCAUGGAAGAUCACUGAUAUCAAUGAGUUGAUAGUGGAGGACCAAAGAGCCAAGAGAGAUGAUAGAGGACAGAUUGAUUAUGGCAGCAUUACAAAGUACUUCUACUCUGUGAAAGUGUUUGCUGGACAGGACCCAUCAUCAGUAUGGGUGGGCUGGGUGACACCAGAUUACCACUACUACAGCAAACAUUUCAGCCUCAGCAAAGUUCGCACAGUCACCGUAACACUGGGAGACGAGCGGGGACGUGUUCAUGAAAGUGUGAGGAGGAGUAACUGUUAUAUGGUGUGUGCUGGCGACAUUGUCAGGAGCUCCACAGGUUGUAGUAAUGUUGAUUUGGAGAUCGGCUGCUUCAUAGAUCUGGCCUCAGGCCUGGUCUCUUUCACUGCCAAUGGCAGGGAGCUGCCGACUGCUUACCAGGUUGAACCUAACACAAAGCUGUUCCCUGCUGUGUUUGUGCAACCCACAAGUCCCAACCUGUUCCAAUUUGAGUUUCCAAAAGUCCCAGAUGCAAUGCCUCUGUCUUCAGCCAUCUUCAAGAGCUUGCAAAGGAACCCGGAGCCCCAGUGUCCCCCUCGGCUGGAUGUGCAGACAAUUGUGUCUGUCCUGUGGAGCAGGAUGCUCAACACCUUCCUGUCAGUGGAGAUGGCCCGGGUGAGUGAGAGGCAUGGCUGGGUGGUGCAGUGUCUGGAGCCCCUGCAGAUGAUGGCAGUGUAUAUCCCCGAGGAGAACAGAUGUAUAGACAUCAUGGAGCUAUCAGAACAUGAGGACCUGCGGCAGUUUCUCUAUCACACUUUAAAGCUAUUCUGUGCCCUGUGCGCCUUGGGCAACACCCGUGUAGCUCACGCCCUCUGUAGCCAUCUUGAUCAGUCGCAGCUCCUGUACACCAUUGACAACCAAUAUCUGACUGGUCAGCUCCGUGAAGGCUUCUACGAUGUUCUCAUCAGCAUUCACUUGGAGACAGGUAAAGAGGCGCAUCUCAUGAUGAACAACGAGUUUAUAAUCCCUGUCACAGAUGAGACUCGCAGGAUUCGCCUCUUCCCUGAUGACUCCAAGCAUCAUUCUCUCCCUGGAGUGGGCCUGAGCACCUCGCUCACUCCCCGUCUGAACUUCUCCCCUCCUUGUUUCAUUACCACCAAGCGUGAACAGCCACUCUUCAGCCCACAGAUCUCUCUGGGUAUCCUGAAGGAGAAAGCCAUCAGCAUGCUCACGGAGGCAGUUCAGGGCGGAGGCUCCCACAUUCGUGAUCCCGUAGGCGGAAGUGUGGAGUAUCAGUUUGUGCCGAUUCUCAAGCUGAUUGGCGCUCUGCUAAUCAUGGGGGCAUUGACCAGCGAGGAGGUGAGGACCAUCCUGCUCCUCAUAGACCCCAGUGUGUUUGGGGACGGUAAAGAGGAGGAGCAGCAGCUAACAGUGGCAGAAAAGGGAGCUGAGAAAGAGGAGGCCAGCAGUAUUGAGGAGAAGGAUGUGGAGGCAGGGGAGGAGGAGAGUAAAGAUGCCAAGCUGCUUCCUAAAGGCCUUCUGGAGAAGAGCUUGCCAGAAUCAGUCAAACGGCAGAUGUGCGAGCUCCUGCACUACUUCUGUGACUGUGAAUUGAAGCAGCGCAUUGAGGCCAUCGUCGCCUUCUCAGAUGAUUUUGUGUCCAAGCUCCAGUUCAACCAGAAGUUUCGCUACAACGAAUUGAUGCAAGCCCUCAACAUGUCAGCCGCUGUUACUGCCAAGAAGACUAAGGAGUUCCGCUCACCUCCCCAAGAGCAGAUAAACAUGUUGCUGAACUUCAGUGUUGAUGAUGAUUGCGCCUGCCCUGAGGAGCUGCAAGAUGAGCUCCAAGGCUUCCAUGAUGACCUGCGACUACAUUGUGGCAUUCCAAUGGAAAAGGAGGAGGAGGAACAGGACACAUCUCUUAAAGGCCGUCUGAUGGCUAUAAUAUACAAGAUAAAAGGUCGUCCUCAAAAAACUGAGAAAGAACCAACUGAGCAAGUACAGGCUGCUCCGACCAACCUGAAGGAAUUGAUAUCUAAGACGAUAGUCAGCUGGGCACAGGAGUGCAAGAUCCAAGACCCAGCACUUGUACGCAGCAUGUUCAGCCUCCUGAGGAGGCAAUAUGAUGGCAUCGGUGAGCUGCUCAGGGCCUUGAAGAAGAGCUACACCAUCAGUGCCAAGUCUGUAGGGGACGCUAUCAACCUGCUGGCCUCACUGGGCCAGAUCCGCUCACUGCUUAGCGUCCGCAUGGGGGAAGAGGAGGGUCAGCUCAUGAUUGACGGCCUAGGGGACAUCAUGAACAACAAAGUGUUCUACCAGCAUCCAAAUCUGAUGCGUGUUCUUGGCAUGCACGAGACGGUAAUGGAGGUCAUGGUUAAUGUGCUGGGAGAAGACAAGAAUAAGGAGAUUGCUUUCCCCAAAAUGGUAGCCAGCUGUUGUCGUUUCCUGUGCUACUUCUGCCGCAUCAGCCGACAGAAUCAGAAGGCUAUGUUUGACCACCUGAGCUACCUCCUGGAGAACAGCAGUGUAGGCCUGGCUUGCCAAGCCAUGAGAGGCUCCACACCUUUAGACGUGGCUGCCUCCUCUGUGAUGGACAACAACAGUCUGGCUCUGGCGCUAGAAGAACCCGACCUAGAAAAGGUGGUGACAUAUUUGGCAGGCUGUGGAUUACAGAACUGCCCAAUGCUCAUAGCUAGGGGAUAUCCAGACAUUGGUUGGAACCCGAUAGAGGGAGAGCGCUAUUUGUCCUUCCUCCGGUUUGCUGUCUUUGUCAACGGUGAAAGUGUUGAAGAGAAUGCUAACGUUGUGGUGAAGCUCUUGAUCAGGCGUCCGGAGUGCUUUGGACCUGCUCUUAGAGGAGAGGGAGGGCAAGGUUUACUAGCUGCUAUGCAGGAAGCCAUUAAGAUCUCAGAAGAUCCUGCCUUAGACCUGCCCAACCUACCCCAAGGGGUUACACCCUUGGUCGGGGAGGAUGAAGAGGAGGAGGAGGUUGCACACUUGGGUAACUCUAUUAUGUCCUUCUACUCAGCUCUUAUUGAUCUACUGGGCCGCUGUGCACCUGAAAUGCAUCUAAUUAACAAAGGCAAAGGUGAUGCAUUGCGUAUCCGUGCCAUCCUCCGUUCCCUGGUGCCCACAAAAGAUUUGGUCGGAAUUAUCAGUAUUCCACUUAAAAUGCCAGUCGUGAACAAAGAUGGCAGUGUAACUGAGCCAGACAUGAAUGCUAGCUUCUGUCCAGAGCACAAAGCACCCAUGGUGCUUUUCCUGGACCGUGUUUAUGGUAUUGAUGACCAAAGCUUCUUGUUGCAACUGCUGGAGGUCGGCUUCCUGCCAGACCUGAGAGCAUCAGCCUCCAUGGAUUCGGAGGUGCUCAGAACCUCAGAGACAGCGCUGGCCACGAACAGGUACAUUUCCUCUGCAGUGCUUCCUCUGUUGACCCGCUGUGCUCAUCUGUUUGCUCACACAGAGCACUAUGCAACUCUCAUUGACUCUACGCUGCACACCAUCUAUCGCCUCUCUAAGGGCCGAUCGCUCACCAAAGCCCAGAGAGAUGCUAUUGAAGAAUGCCUAAUAGCCAUCUGCACGCAUCUUCGGCCAUCAAUGCUGCAGCAGCUUUUACGUCGUCUCGUGUUUGAUGUGCCACAGCUUACAGAGUACUGCAAGAUGCCUAUUAAGCUUUUGACCAACCACUAUGAGCGGAAUUGGAAGUACUACUGUCUGCAAACAGGCCAGGGCAGCUAUGGUAUGGCAUCAGAGGAGGAACUCCAUCUCACCAAGAAACUCUUCUGGGGACUUUUUGAUGCUCUUUCUCAAAAGAAAUAUGAUGCAGAGCUUUUCAAAAUGGCAAUGCCAUGUUUGAGUGCCAUAGCUGGUGCCAUGCCACCUGACUAUGUGGAUCCUUGCCCAGGUUCUACUUUGGUUAAGCAGGCCUCUGUGGAUGCCCAAGGAAACUUUGACCCCCAGCCGAUUAGCACUGCUAACAUCUCCCUGCCUGAAAAAUUAGAUUACAUUGCAAACAAGUAUGCUGAGCAUUCCCAUGAGAAAUGGUUGUCUGAGAAGAUUGCUCUCGGCUGGACUGCAGGAGAUAAAGUAGAUGACAAAGCUAAAACUCACCCUCUUUUAAAACCAUACAAAGCACUGAGUGAAAAGGAAAGGGAGACGUACCGCUACCCUGUGAAAGAGACUCUAAAGAGCAUGUUGGCAAUGGGAUGGAACAUUGAGAGGACCAAAGAAGGAGAGGCCAUGUUCCAGCAAAGAGAAUCAGAAAAACAACGCAAGAUAUCAGAGUCUUCUCAGGGUGAGUUUAACCCAGCUCCACAGGAUCUUGAUAAUGUAAUUCUGUCAAGAGAACUACAGGGGAUGGUUGAAACAGUUGCGGAAAAUUACCAUAACAUUUGGGUGAAGAAGAAGAAAAUAGAACUUGAUAAUAAAGGAGGAGGAAGUCAUCCACUACUGGUACCUUAUGACACUCUGACAGCAAAGGAGAAGUACAGAGAUAGAGGCAAGGCCCAAGAGCUCUUUAAAUUCCUUCAGGUCAAUGGAUACGCAAUCAGCAGAGGUCGAAAGGACAUGGAGCAAGACUCCUCCUCUAUGGAGAAGAGAAUUGCCUAUAAGUUCCUCAAGAGGCUUCUGAGCUAUGUUGAUUCUGCGCAGGAGUUCAUUGCUCAUCUUGAGGCGAUGGCCACCAGUGGGAAGACAGACAAAUCUCUUUAUGAUCAAGAGAUCAAGUUUUUUGCUAAGGUUCUGCUACCCCUCAUAGACCAAUAUUUCAAGAACCACUGCUUGUACUUCCUGUCAUCCCCCAACAUCAACCUGAGCAGCAGUGGCUAUGCAUCCAACAAAGAGAAAGAGAUGAUCACCAGUCUAUUCUGUAAGAUGGCAGCACUUGUCAGAAAUAGGAUUUCACUCUUUGCACUGUCUGUUCUUUCAGGAAGUGACUCUACCACCAUGGUGAGCUGCUUGCACAUCUUGUCACGGUCACUGGACUUCAGGACUGUGAUGAAAUCUGGCUCAGAGCUGGUGAAGGCUGGUGUCAGGACAUUCUUUGAAAAUGCAGCAGAAGACCUGGAGAAGACUCUGGAGAACUUGAAGCUGGGAAAGUUGGGUCAGUCACGCACUCAGAUGAAGGGCGUUACCCAGAUCAUCAGCUACACCUCAGUAGCCCUGCUGCAUAUCCUGACUGUUCUCUUUCAGCAUGUCACCCAGCACCAGUUUGGAGCAGAGCUGCUAUUGGAUGACAUUCAGCUGUCCUGCUAUCGUAUCCUUACCAGCCUCUAUUCUCUGGGCACUGGCAAGAAUAUCUAUGUUGAAAAACAGCUUCCAGUACUGGGUGAAUGUUUGUCUACUUUGGUUGUAGCAAUGCCUGUUGCCUUCCUGGAGCCUCACUUGAAUAUGCACAACCCUCAAUCUGUCUUCAACACCAAGACACCAAGAGAAAGAGCUAUUUUGAGCAUGCCAGACACAGUUGAAGAGAUGUGUCCUGAGAUGCCCCAUCUGGACAGCCUGAUGAAAAAUAUUAGUGACAUUUCUGAAUCUGGAGCACGCUACACAGAGAUGCCACAAGUCAUAGAGGUCAUCCUACCCAUGUUGUGUAGCUACCUGUCUUACUGGUGGGCCAAAGGCCCAGAGGUCUCCCCAAGUGAUUCCAAUUGCUGCACAACCGUCACAUCUGAGCAUCUCAGCCUCAUUCUGGGCAAUAUCCUCAAGAUUCUGAAUAAUAACCUUGGAAUAGAUAAUGCCCCCUGGAUGAAAAGACUUGCAGUAUACUCCCAGCCAGUCAUUAGCAAGGCUGGUGCAGAUCUCCUGAGGGCUCACUUCCUGCCAACCUUAGAGAAGCUAAAGAAGAAGACAGUGAAAGUGGUGGCUGAGGAAGAGCUGCUGAGGGCUGAAAGCAGAGCAGACACUCAGGAAGCUGAACUGCAGAUUCUAGAUGAGUUCGCUGUUCUUUGCAGGGAUCUGUAUGCCUUCUAUCCCAUGCUCAUUCGUUAUGUGGACAAUAACAGGUCCAAAUGGCUGAAGGAACCAGAUUCAGAUUCAAAUGAACUUUUCAAAAUGGUGUCAGAGAUUUUCAUCCUUUGGUGCAAAUCUCACAACUUUAAAAGGGAAGAGCAAAAUUUUGUGGUACAAAAUGAAAUCAACAACCUGGCAUUCCUCACUGGAGACAGCAAGACAAAGAUGUCAAAGUCUGGAGGUCAGGACCAAGAGAGAAGAGGAAAAAGAAGAAAAGGAGAGUUAUACUCUAUUCAGACUUCCCUCAUUGUAGCAGCUCACAAGAAGAUGCUGCCCAUUGGCCUCAACAUGUGCACUCCUGGAGACCAGGAGCUCAUUUCCAUUGCCAAGAUCCGCUACAGUCUGAAAGACACAGAUGAUGAGGUCAAAGAUCACCUAAGAAAGAACCUCCAUCUCCAGGAGAAGUCUGCAGACCCAGCUGUACAGUGGCAGAUGAACCUCUAUAAAGAUGUUGUGAUAAAGAGUGAGGGACCUCCAGAUCCAGAGCAAAAUGUGGAGAGAGUUCAAGCCCUCUCAGCUGCUGUAUUCCACUUGGAACAGGUUGAGCAGCCUCUGAGAAACAAGAAAAUGGUGUUUCAGAAGCUUCUGUCAAAGCAACGGAAGCGUGCUGUGGUGGCUUGUUUCCGCAUGGCACCACUCUAUAAUCUACCAAGGCAUCGCUCAAUUAACCUCUUCCUCAAUGGCUAUCAGAGACUUUGGAUAGAGACAGAGGAGUACUCCUUUGAGGAGAAGCUAGUGCAGGACCUGGCAAAAACACCCAUGACUGUGGUAGAGGAAGAAGAGGAAGAGGAAGCUGAGUUUCAGCCAGACCCUCUUCAUCAGCUUAUCCUUCACUUCAGUCACAAUGCUCUGACUGAGAAAAGUUUCCAAGAAGAGGAUCCUCUGUAUAUAGCAUAUGCUGAUAUGAUGGCAAAGAGCUGUGCUGAGAAUGAAGAAGAAGAUGAAGAGGAGGGAAAAGAAAAAACUUUUGAGGAAAAAGAAAUGGAGAAGCAGAAGAUUCUGUAUCAGCAGGCCAGACUUCAUGCCCGUGGGGCUGCUGAGAUGGUACUACAGAUGAUCAGUGCAAGUAAAGGCCGACUUGAUCCAAUGGUGACUGGCACCCUUAAAUUGGGCAUUUCUAUCCUAAAUGGAGGCAACGUUUGUGUCCAGCAGAAAAUGCUGGAUUAUUUGAAAGAAAAACGAGAUGCCGGCUUCUUUAAAAGUUUAUCUGGACUAAUGCAGUCUUGCAGUGUGCUGGAUUUGAAUGCAUUUGAAAGGCAAAAUAAAGCAGAGAGUCUUGGAAUGGUGACUGAAGAGGGGUCAGUCAACAUGUGUGAGCGGGGUUCCAAAGUACUUCAAAAUGAUGACUUUACAAAGGAUCUAUUCAGGUUUUUGCAACUUCUGUGUGAGGGCCACAAUAAUGAUUUCCAAAACUUCCUGCGGACCCAGACUGGAAACACCACUACAGUCAACAUCAUCAUUAGCACCGUGGACUACCUAUUACGCCUACAGGAAUCCAUAAGCGAUGUCUACUGGUAUUACUCUGGGAAAGAUGUCAUGGAUGAGGCAGGGCAACUUAACUUCUCCAAAGCUUUAGCAGUAGCCAAACAAAUCUUUAACUCACUCACUGAGUACAUCCAGGGCCCUUGUAUUGGUAAUCAGCAGAGUUUGGCACACAGUAGGUUGUGGGAUGCAGUGGUUGGGUUCCUGCAUGUUUUCGCCAAUAUGCAAAUGAAACUGUCUCAGGAUUCUAGUCAAAUCGAGCUGUUGAAGGAACUGAUGGACUUGCAGAAGGAUAUGGUUGUCAUGAUGUUAUCUCUUCUAGAGGGUAAUGUGGUGAAUGGAACUAUCGGUAAGCAGAUGGUCGACACAUUAGUGGAGUCCUCCAGCAAUGUGGAAAUGAUCCUCAAGUUCUUUGACAUGUUCCUCAAACUGAAGGACCUAACUACUUCCGAUAACUUCAAGGAGUAUGACCCAGACUGUAAAGGCGUUAUAUCCAAGAGGGAUUUCCAGAAGUCUAUGGAGAGCCAAAAGCAAUACACACAGUCUGAGAUUGAGUUCCUUCUCUCCUGUGUGGAGGCAGAUGAAAAUGACAUGUUUAAAUAUGUAGAGUUUGUGGAACGCUUCCAUGAACCAGCCAAGGACAUUGGCUUCAAUGUGGCUGUGCUGCUCACUAACCUAUCAGAACACAUGCCCCAUGACUCACGCCUAUCCACUUUCUUGGACCUGGCUGAAAGUGUGCUCAGCUACUUUGAGCCAUACCUGGGCCGUAUUGAGAUCAUAGGUGGGGCCAAGAGGAUCGAAAGGGUUUACUUUGAGAUCAGUGAGUCUAGCAGAACCCAGUGGGAGAAGCCUCAAGUCAAAGAGUCCAAAAGGCAGUUCAUCUUCGACGUGGUCAACGAGGGUGGUGAGAGCGAGAAGAUGGAGUUAUUUGUGAACUUCUGUGAAGACACAAUCUUUGAGAUGCAGCUCGCCUCUCAGAUUUCAGAGCCAGACAUUGUAGAACGACAUGAGGAGGAUGAAGAUGAAGAGUUGCACAGCAUUUUUGAAGAAUUGUCUGAGGAGGAAGAUGCCUCUCUUGAGUCUGCAUCGGCCUUCACAGCAGCUUGCACCUCUGUCAAGAAGAGUGUUUCUAAUUUCCAUCAAAUGUUGACUUUGAAGAGCAUCCACAAGCAGUUUAAGAAAUUCAGGAAACUGACCAUCAGGGAAAUGAUCACAUGUUUCUUCUUGUUCUUCUGGAGGCUCUUUACUGGGUUCUUCAAAGGCAUCUUCGGUUUUAUCUUUGGAUUCUUCCAUAUUAUUUGGUCCUCCAUGUUUGGAGGGGGUUUUGUAGAGGGGGCUAAGAACAUAAAAGUGACAGAUAUCUUGGGUAAUAUGCCUGAUCCUACACAAUUUGGAAUCCAUGGUGAUGUUCUGGAAGCAGAAAAAACGGAAAGCAGUGAGCUAGUGGUGUCAGAUAUUGUAAAAAUGACCAGUGCUGGUGCUGAGAAGCCGGAGACAGAUAUGAUCAUGGAUCUCAUGACACCAACUGGGAAGAAAGAGGGGAAGCAUGGGGCAGAACCUGGUCUAGGCGAUGUAUGUGAGGUUCUGAGUGAUGCCAGUGCUCCGGUUGAGAAGAAGAAGAGCCCGAAAGCAGCUGCAGAGAAGUCAGAGCCAGAGAAAGCAGACACAGAGAAUCAGGAGAAAGAAGAAAAGGCUGAAGAGGAAACACCUGAGGAAUCAGCAGAAGCAAAACCAUCUCUAAGAGCCAAACGUGGAUCGCAAAAAGAAGCAUCUCAAGCAUUCAUGGCCAGCUUCUUUGCAGGACUUGAAGUCUACAAAACCAAAAUGCUGAACUACUUGGCUCGUAAUUUCUACAACCUUCGUCUUCUUGCUCUGUUUGUGGCCUUUGCCAUCAACUUCAUUCUGCUCUUUUACAAGGUCACUGGAGAAUUUGAUGAUGAGGAAGAGGAGGAGGGAUCCUGGGGUGGUGGAGAGGAUGAGGGUGAUGAAGAUGAUGAUGAAGGCAUGGAAUAUUUCAUUCUUCAGGAGAGCACUGGCUAUAUGGCACCCACUUUGACUUUCUUGGCUGUAUUACACACCGUCAUCUCCUGCCUCUGUGUCAUUGGAUAUUACUGCCUCAAGGUUCCUUUAGUUGUGUUUAAGCGAGAGAAAGAGAUCGCUAGGAAACUUGAGUUUGAUGGUUUAUUUAUUACUGAGCAGCCAUCCGAUGAUGACAUCAAAGGGCAGUGGGAUCGUUUGGUUAUUGCAACUCCGUCCUUCCCUAACAAUUACUGGGACAAAUUUGUUAAGAGGAAGAUCAUAAAUAAAUAUGGUGACUUGUAUGGGGCCGAGCGCAUAGCUGAACUUCUGGGUCUGGAUAAGAGUGCUCUGGACUUUGAUCCCACUGAAGAGGCUGUGGUGAAGGAAGCCUCUCUGGUGUCCUGGUUGAGCUCCAUUGAUACCAAGUACCACAUCUGGAAAAUGGGAGUGGUGCUAACUGACAAUUCUUAUCUCUAUCUGAUCUGGUACACCACUAUGUCUAUUCUUGGACAUUACAACAACUUCUUCUUCGCCGCUCAUUUGCUGGACAUUGCCAUGGGCUUCAAGACGUUGAGAACCAUUCUCUCUUCUGUAACUCACAAUGGCAAGCAGCUGGUGUUGACUGUGGGCCUCCUGGCAGUCGUGGUCUACCUGUACACUGUGGUGGCCUUUAACUUCUUCCGCAAGUUCUACAACAAGAGCGAAGAUGAGGACACCCCUGACAUGAAGUGUGAUGAUAUGAUGACUUGCUACCUGUUCCACAUGUAUGUGGGUGUGAGAGCUGGCGGUGGCAUCGGUGACGAAAUCGAGGACCCAGCCGGUGACCCAUACGAGCUCUACCGCAUUCUGUUUGACAUCACCUUUUUUUUCUUCGUCAUCGUCAUUCUGCUGGCCAUCAUUCAGGGUUUGAUCAUUGAUGCCUUUGGCGAGUUGAGAGACCAGCAAGAGCAAGUGAAGGAGGACAUGGAGACAAAAUGCUUUAUCUGUGGAAUCGGGAAUGACUACUUUGACAGAACCCCGCAUGGCUUUGAGACCCAUACCUUACAAGAGCACAAUCUGGCCAACUAUUUAUUCUUCCUGAUGUAUCUUAUCAACAAAGAUGAGACUGAACACACUGGUCAGGAGUCGUAUGUCUGGAAGAUGUAUCAGGAAAGGUGUUGGGAUUUCUUCCCUGCUGGAGACUGUUUCCGGAAGCAAUAUGAGGACCAGCUGGGCUAAAGGACAUGUUUUUGCCCUCAAUCCGAAUAUGUGAAAUUACAAGCACCAUCCUG